AUAGCUACACCACAUCCCCUUUUGAAUAGCUUUAUCAGGAACCGACUUGCUCAACCAAGUUUUAGAUAUCACAAUUAUAUCCGCAUCAGUUGAUUCAACCCAAAUCCUUAUCAGGUCUAUUUUCGGAACUACACUACGAACAUUAAAAUGUACUAUACCCAGACGCGAUGUACUUUUAAAAUCUGACGGAGUUUCCAAACAUUUUAGACUUACGUCUGGGCCAGGGUUUGGUUGAACAUUUCCGGAUAAAAGCAACAGCAGAACAAUUAAGCUUCUCAGUUCAGUGUGCUUAAACAUCACUUUUUCGGCAUUUAAUUUGUCCACAAAAUCCAAAACGGAGUCUUUCGAUACAACAAAGUAGUCAUACAAAAGCAACAAACUACGAAGAUGAUGUAGGAUUUUCGAAUUUUGUGUUGGCUUGACGACAGACAGAGCAUGAUCAAAAUGAAAUACUGAGUCCGUGGCAGUCAAAGGGAAGAUCAUCCGCGAAAAACGCUCGUGAUUGGAACUACUCACCACAUUCUGCUCACUACGGACGUUUGUUUAGGGUCCUCGGAGAACAAAAUGGCCGAAGGGCAGUGCUACUACAACGAGACAAUCGCCUUCUUCUACAACCGCAGCGGGAAGUAUCUGGCCACAGAAUGGAAUACAGUCAGCAAGCUGGUGAUGGGACUGGGCAUCACUGUGUGCAUCAUCAUAAUGCUGGCCAACCUGCUGGUCAUGGUCGCCAUCUACACCAACCGCCGCUUCCACUUCCCCAUCUACUAUCUCAUGGCCAACCUGGCGGCCGCGGACUUCUUUGCCGGGCUGGCGUACUUCUACCUGAUGUUCAACACGGGUCCGAACACGCGGAGGCUGACCGUGAGCACCUGGCUGCUUCGGCAGGGCCUGCUGGACACCAGCCUGACCGCCUCGGUGGCCAACCUGCUGGCCAUCGCCAUCGAGCGCCACAUCACCGUCUUCCGCAUGCAGCUGCACACGCGCAUGAGCAACCGGCGCGUGGUGGUGGUCAUCGUGGUCAUCUGGACCAUGUCCAUCGUCAUGGGCGCCAUCCCCAGCGCUGGCUGGAACUGCAUCUGCGACCUGAGCAUCUGCUCCAACAUGGCGCCCCUCUACAGCAACUCCUACCUGGUCUUCUGGGCCGUCUUCAACCUGGUCACCUUCGUGGUCAUGGUGGUGCUCUACGCCCACAUAUUCGUCUACGUGCGGCAGAGGACCAUGCGGAUGUCCCGCCAGAUCUCUGGGCCCCGGCGGAAGAGGGACACCAUGAUGAGUCUGCUGAAGACCGUGGUGAUCGUCCUGGGUGCCUUCAUCAUUUGCUGGACACCUGGUUUGGUUUUGCUGCUCUUGGAUGUUUUCUGCACCAAAUGCAACGUGCUGGAUUUCGAGAAGUUCUUCCUCCUCUUGGCUGAGUUCAACUCCGCCAUGAACCCCAUCAUCUACUCGUACAGGGACAAGGAGAUGAGCGCCACCUUCAAGCAGAUCCUGUGCUGCCGGCGGCAGGAGAACGUAAACGGUGCCGCGGACGGCUCUGACCGCUCGGCCUCCUCCGUCAACCACACCAUCCUGAGCGCGCCGCUUUACGACCGCACGGUUGUGUAGGCUAACGGGCACCACACAACACCACCUGGCUGGAGCAGAACAGGGUGAAUCGCAGGUCACCAGGAGAUCAUCCAAAUAGGAUGUUGCCAAAAAGGACAAUGCCAUCGCGUUGCCACAUUGGCCAGAAGUUUCUUGCAAAAGAAAUGUCACGUUGCCUAUGGAGCUCCCUGCGUUAUGCAGGGAGGACUAACUUAAUGUGAUAUUAAUGUCAGAACACACACAUGCACGCUCACACACACUGUUACACGCGCACACACACAGACACGCACGCACACACACAGUUACACGCGCACACACACAGACACGCACGCACACACACAGACAAACACACACACACAGACAAACAGACACACGCACACACACACACGCACUCUCACACAGACAUGCAUGCACACACACACCCACGCAGACACACACACACACACACACACACACACGAAGACACACACACACAUCUUAGUUACUGUGUUCUCGUUAUCUCCCCCUUAUUGGGAUGUCUUGAUAGGCAUUUUUAGGAUAUACCACAGUAUCGCAUUUUAUAAUUAUCAUUCUGCAGACGACAUCUAUAUCUUGGUCAUUAAAUGUAAAAUGUAUACCAUAGUAUUUAUUCAAGUUAAUACCAUUAUAAUUUACAAAGGGAACAAGACCUGUGUCCUAUCAUUUGUUGGAUAAGUAUACAGUCUUUGUGAAUGGAAUGUUUAUAGAAUAAUGUAGACAUAUAGCUUUUUUAAUACAUUUAAAAUAAGCAAUACAUCGAUCAAGUGCUGUUCACAAACAAGUUUUGAGAUACAAAAUUCAUGUCACCUGCUGAUAGCAGGGUAAAUCCAGAACUAGCCAAUGUGUUUUCUUAUUUAUAGUAUGAAGAAAAAAAAGUCAAUACAUUGCUAAGCUACAUUAGGUAUAGGCUGACCAGGUCACUCGGUACGACAAAUGUCUGCAGGUUUCUUAGUGAGAGGAUGAAAUGCAGUUGUGGUUUUAUUGCUCCCUGCAUAGUGAAAUGUGUAUAUCUAUCCAGAGGUGGAAAGAAUCCAGGUUCAGAAAGUAAAAGUCCUCCCCUGCUUUUUGCUCCAAUCACCUGGAUUUGCUAAUUAGCACAAUGGUGGAGCUAAAUCAGCUGGCUGAGUUCAUGGGCGGAGGAAACACACGGAAGGACUUUUACUGUCUCAGUCGUGGACCUUCGCCCUCUGGCUGUUUCCUUCAUCAUGGCAUCAUGUGGAGAGUUGACGAAGGUCAGAAGUAGAACAUAAAGCUCGAUUCUUCCGCUUGGUCACUGGAAACAGUUUUGAUUGAGUGGGCAUAGAAACAGGUAGCUAAAAAGGGAAUACUGUCUUUCAUUUUAUAUGCAUUUCACAGAGGGCAGGUUUCACUGUACAUGAAGAAAACUCAGAAUUGGACAUGAAAAAAAUUGCUUUCCUUUUCUGAGAAAAUCUUACAUAUUCCCUCUCCUGUCUCUGUAUGAAGUUCUGUUCUUUACAAUAUUCCAACAUUGUUUUAAUUUUUUGUCAUGUUACUUGAUUUUCCCUACGAGAGUGUAAGUACUUAUGGACCGACCCACCGACUCACCCCGAGGUCAUUAUAGCUUUGCGAUUCUGGUACGGACAGUCGUGGCUACCGUAAAUGAAAUAUGGUAGGCAAUGUUGGAAAUUAAUUCAAUUUCAUGUUUUGGAUAUAAUAAACAUGCAUUAACACUUAAAAUAAGAUUUUUUUUUUUGCUUUGAAAAUAUUGUAUAAUAAUAUUUAGUGAUAAUAAAAUUGCUGGUCUUUUUUUGAUCGAAUAACUUUGCUUAAAAAGUAAAUAGUUUAUAAAUGCUUGCCUUUAAGAUUUAACUUUUACUCCAAGUCUCACGAUGCUGUACAAACAGAUAAAGAAACCUUUUCCCUUCAUGAGUGAAGUGUGUGGUGAAUGUGGCCUUGCCUUUCGUGUGAAUGACGGCCAUUUUAAUUGGCUGAUAGGUCAAGUCAUCCUAUGAGUUGCUUCAUGAUGAAUCAGCCUUUGAUCUCAAUGCAGCUGUGUUACAGCCCAGCUUCCAGCCUUUCAUGCCCACAGAUGUUUACCUGCCAUCAGCACCUGAGGAAUUCAAAUUAGCACUUUAUUUUACAGUGCCUUAAAUGAAGCACGGCCUUCAGUAAUUAAUCGCGAAGGCCCGUGUGAUUCUGAGAUUUAAUGUUUAGUACAUGAAGACAUGUGGGAAAGCUGAAGUUGUUUUGAAUUAAUGCAGCCAUACAUCAGUAUGGAGCAAAGGGAACAUACAGCAUGUCUCUUGUGUAUACUCUGGGUACCCAACGUUUGUAUAAAUCUCUGAUAUACUGAAUAUAUAACAAAUAACGUGUUUGUUGCUGGCUAAAUGCUGAAAAGGCAGCAUAAAUAUAGCCCCCCCCUCCCACCAGAAAAUAAAAAAUAAAAUGUCCUUUUCUGCUUUCUGAUAUGCUUUCUGCCUUACCCAGGACACAGAUAUCAAAGUGUGAUAAUUCUGCACAACUCAGCUUUUAGGAAAGGACACAGUUAUGAAGCGUACUUAUCUGGUUACGACAGCGAUUUCCUGACCAGCAGAUACUUCUGUUCUAGUGGCAGACAUCCAACCAUCGGCCUUAUCUGGCUAUGACAGCAAUGUCCCAACCAAUAGAGUUGCUUCUCUUCUAGUGUCAGACAUUCAAUUUCAGAGAAACAUGGACAGUUGGGAAUCUUGUUGCCUGUGGAAGGAAAGUGGAAGCAGCUUUUAAAAGUGGUGAAAACCACUGAUACUGGGCAGCUCAGACGAUAUUCAAACGCACAUGCAAUCAAUUCAGACAUGAAGAGUUAGUAAAAUCAGCCUGGGAAAUGCAGUCUACUGCUCUUUCACGCUACUUAAUUUACAGUCUGGAAGACUGGCAAAUGGUCAAUACAGGGGUCAGGGAAAAUGGGAUAUCUUGCGCUAUUUUUCUGGCUUAAGCGCAAACUUACCCUAGAGCAACCGGGAGCAAAAAAGGCAAGUUAGCGUGAGUCCAGAUCAGGGCCUACAAAUCCCUGGUAAAACUGUUACCUUCAGUGAGAUGCUUGAACUGCAUUAGGGAACAUAACGCUGUAUAAAUGGGCUACAUUCAUUUGAAAGUAAAGCUUGUAAGCACUGUAUAUUGGCACUGUAUACCUGGGUAUUGGCAUCUGCUAACUGAUUAAUGUACGUAAUGUAAAAUGCCUUCCAAUAAAAUACAAAGUUCACCUGAA